CGUUCACUUCCGGUCGGCAUUUUGUCUGCGAGAGGGGAGUCGCGAUCGCCGAGCCCGCGAGUCGGCCGCCGCUCGGGAGGCGCGCACCGCGAUAGCGUGAAGAGCAGAGGGCGAAGGGCAGGCCGCUAAGCCCGAGCCGAGGCCGCACGGUGGGCUGGCGGGCGGCAGAGGGAGCGCGCCGCGAGUUCACGUCCCUUCAUGUCCGCCGAGUGUUGUUGUUCUGCCCGCCGCCCUGUUUAUCGCCGCGGAGACCGGAGGAGACGGCUCGCCUCGGCCGCCGCGUCGACAGCGGCUUCUUCCUGAGUGUCUGGGAGAUGUGAAAUAAAGCUCGCUGGGACUUAAACUGAACUGUCUGUGCAUAUACUAUCUCUACAACUUCAGGAUGAAUGGGGAUAUGCCUCAUGUUCCCAUCACCACGCUUGCUGGGAUUGCUAGCCUCACUGAUUUACUGAAUCAACUUCCACUUCCCUCUCCCCUGCCUGCUACCACCACCAAAAGCUUGCUGUUUGGAGGGAGAAUUGCAGAAGAUGUAAAUUGCCUCAUGGGCUGUCGAGAUGAGAGCCUUGUCGCACAGUUAGUACAUAGCCUCAGUCAAGUCUCCACAGAUCAUAUAGAGCUGAAGGAUAACCUUGGCAGUGAUGAUCCAGAGGGUGAUAUUCCAGUUCUUCUGCAGGCUGUGUUGGCCAGAAAUCCCAAUGUCUUCAGGGAGAAAAGCAUGCAGAACCGAUAUGCAGUGCCAACUGGUAUCAUGCAGCAACAGAUCAUCCAACAGUACAAAUUACCCCAGAAUUCAAUUCACGGAAGCCCUGCAUCCUCCACAUUUCAGCAGUCCACAAUCUCACACAGUCCUUCCAGUCGGUUUGCACCACCUCAGUCAAGUUCUACCAACAGAUACAUGACUCAACAGAACAGUCCUGUGCCCAGUCCAUAUGCUCCCCAGAGCCCUCCUGGUUACAUCCAAUAUCCACAGCAUCCUCCAAGCUACACACAGCAUCAGCAAAUUCAGCAAGAGUUGCAUGGUUCCCCUCUGGUAUCAGGUCCUACAUAUUCUGGGAGUCCUCAGAGACCUGUGCAACCCUGUCUGAUAGUCCAGACUCAGCCUUCUCCUCAGCAACAGCAGUCAACUUCCACAUUAGCUUCUGUUUCAAGCCCCAUGAUUCCCAGUGGCAUGCGGAAUAUUCAUGAUAGUAAAGUGACAAGUCAGUUGUCGGGCUCUUCAUCAAAUCACCAUUCAGAUAAUUCCAGACAUGGAUCAAAUGAGGACUACAUUCACAUGGUUCAUCGGCUUGGAUCAGAGGAUGGUGAUUCUUCAUUGAGAAAUGCCUCCUUCCCUUUAAGGUCCCCACAGGCAGUGUGUUCUCCCGCGAACAGUGAUGGGACUCCAAAAGCGUCCAGGCCGCCUCUGAUCUUGCAGUCGCCGCCUCCUUACACCUCUCCCAGAGAUGCCCCACCUGAUAUUCUGCUGGACUCCCCAGACAGGAUGGGAAGCAAGAAGAAAAAUAAAAAGGCUAAGCUCACCAAGGAGGAUAAAGAACAGGCAGAUAAGACUGCUAUGUAUGACAUUGUCAGCUCUCCAUCUAAAGACUGUACAAAGCUCACUCUGAGGCUGACUCGAGUUCGAGAUCAGCAGGAUGAUAUGCUCCUAAACAUGGACAGCAGUACAGAGAAUGAGGCAGAAAUGAACAGUAUGCAAUUCCCAGAACAGACUGCAAAGCAGCCAGGGACUCCUAAUGAUAUCCAUGGCUCAGUGAACGUUUCUGGGCAGUGUGUACCACAACAGGAGCAGGCCUUUCUUCAAGCACAGCAGGUCCCUGUCUUACAACAGAACACUGCAGCUGGAACAGUGAAAACAACACAGUCACAGUUACAGCCACUGCAGCAACCUUCACAACAGCAGACUAUGACACCAUACGAUGAGGUAGAAUUGGAUGCUUUAGCAGAGAUUGAACGGAUAGAGCGAGAGUCUGCAAUGGAGAGAGAGAGAUUUUCCAAGGAGGUACAGGAUAAAGAUAAGCCCUUAAAGAAACGGAAGCAAGACUCAUUUCCUCAAGAGACUGCUGGAGGAGCUGGUGGUGGUGCUGCUGCAAGUAGACCUGCACUUUUGGUCAGUAUAGAUCUACAACAUGCAGGAAGGACUGAUGGACAAGCAGUGCCUCCUCUAGAUUCAGACAGUGUGAAGAAAUCGUUGGAGUUGGUGCGACAGGCCACAGAAGCAACUUUAAUUUCACGGCAGGAAGAUGCAACUGUGGUAUUAAAACCCAAGCCAGAAAGUCAUUCGGCAGUUCCCAGGAAGAAAUCUGAAAACGAGGGCCAAAAGGAUGAUGGUCAGAAAAUUGACAGCCGACCUGAUGUCAUUAAGUCCAGGUCAGAAACACCAAAACAGAAGAGUGAGAACCAACCAGAGACACCAAAAGCAAAGCAUGAAAGUAAACGAGAUAUUUCUAAAUUAACGCCAGAAAAGAAACCUGAAAUAUCAAAACAUAAACAUGAGGGAAAAUCAGAUCAUACCAAAACAAAAAUUGAAAAUAAAUCAGAAACACAGAAAGCGCGACAUGAGGGACGGCAGAGUUCAGACACUCCAAAGGAUAAACGAGAGCUACAACAGGAGGUACAGAAACAGAAAGUGGAUGAGAAAAACGAUCCUGAAAGAGGUAAAAUGGAUCCAUCAAAGGUCAGGAGACCAGAAACCCCCAAACUCAGUAAAACUGAAUCUGAUAAUAAACCAAUACGAAAUGAGCCUGCUAAACAUAACCGGACAGAGUCUUCGAAGUCAGUGCGGUUAGAAAGAAAGGGAUGUUCUGACUCUGGUGACAGAGGCGAGCGAGGUGACAGAAAUGAACGCCGUUCACCAGAAGAGCAGAGGUUGCGAUCAGAAAGUCCCAGGGUUAAACAAGAUAGUAGAGAUCCUGGAAAAAUAAAGCCUGAUGUGAAGGAUCGAUUUGCUUUAAAGCAAAGUAGGAGAUCAGACAUUCCAUCUGCAUCUUUGAGCAAUAAAGAGAGAGAUGACCGAAGAUCAGAUGGGAGCAAAGUAAAAUCAGAGAACCCCAAACCCCUUUCUGAUGAGAAAGAAAAAUUUCCGAGCUAUCUGCUGGGGGGAGGAAGGUCUGAUGCACUUAAAAACUUUGUUAUUCCAAAAAUCAAGCGGGAUAAGGAUGGCAAUGUUUGCAAUGAGCAGAAGGAAUUGAGGAAGUCUGUGGAUAAGAAUGAAUUAAAAUUAAAGGUAGAAAAAAUAGAUCCAGUGGAGGACCUGAAGAAAGUGAUCAAGCCUGUUGUGGUUCUCCAUAAAUUACCUUUUGAUAAAGUGCAGAAAUUUAUCAAAGAUAAUGAAGACAAAAAUGCAUCAAGAAGCUCCAGCAAAUCGAAGAGUAGACUACCCUCUAAGCCAAAUAAAGGUGGUGUUGACCAGUCGGUGUUGAAUGACCUACCCCCUGAUCUCCUUGCAGAGAUUGAAUCCACCAUGCCACUCUGUGAGCGAGUGAAGAUGAACAAACGGAAGCGCAGUACCGUGAAAGAAAAGCCAAACUAUGCAGAAAUCAGCUCAGAUGAAGGUGACAAUGACAGUGACUUUGAAUCUUCCAGGAAGAGACACAAGAAGGAUCGAGGGGAAGACAAAGCCUGGGAAUGCGAAGAACGAGAUCGGCGGAUUCUGAAUGAAUUGCGGAGAGGCAAUUCUGUUGAAGGUCGAAGAAGUUCUGGAAGCAGAUAUCGGGACCGUAGUCCUGGAUCUGAGGAAGAUUCACCCCCUCCUAGUCUCAGUGAAAUUGCCAGGAAGAUGAGAAAAAGAGAAAAAAUAAGGAAGAGGAAAGCAUAUGAACCAAAACUUACUCCUGAAGAAAUGAUGGAUUCAUCAACAUUCAAGCGAUUCAUGGCUACCGUGGAAAAUAUCCUAGAGAACCUGGAAGACAUGGAUUUCACUACUUUGGGUGAAGAUGAUGAGCUACCUCAGGAGUUGCUGCUGGGAAAACAACAGCUUAAUGAACUGAGUAGUGAAUCUGCUAAAAUCAAAGCCAUGGGCAUCAUGGAUCGGCUUCCAACAGAUAAGAUGGUAAAGGUGCUAAGUAUCUUGGAAAAGAACAUACAGGAUGGGGCCAAGCUUUCCACGUUGUUCAACCACGACAAUGAAACAGAAGAUGAAGAGAAGCUUUGGCGAGAACUCAUCAUGGAGCGAGUAACAAAGUCCGCUGACGCUUGCCUGACUGCGCUGAAUAUUAUGACUUCACCCAACAUGUCUAAAGCUGUAUAUAUUGAUGAUGUGAUUGAGAGGGUGAUCCAAUUCACCAAGUUCCAUCUGCAAAACACAUUGUACCCACAGUAUGAUCCCGUCUACAGGGUCGACACCCAUGGAUCAGCAACGUCCAAACACCCGGAGGAGAAUCGCUUUCAUUCAAAAAGCGGCAGUUCAAAAGCCAAACGAGCAAAGUACUCCAGCCAUAAACAGAGGGUAAUAGUCAUGCUGUACAACAGGGUGUGUGACAUUGUCUCCAACAUGGCAGAACUACUGGAGAUACAGCUCCUCACUGAUACCACAAUCCUUCAGGUUUCUUCUAUGGGGAUUACACCAUUUUUUGUGGAAAAUGUCAGUGAGUUGCAGUUGUGUGGUAUCAAGCUGGUGACAGCUGUGUUCUCAAGGUAUGAGAAGCACAGGCAGUUGAUACUGGAAGAGAUGUUUGCCUCCCUUGCAAAACUCCCAACAAGUAAGAGGAGUUUACGAAAUUUCAGGUUAAACAGUAGCGACAUGGAUGGAGAACCACUCUUUAUUCAGAUGGUAACAGCCUUAGUCCUGCAGUUGAUCCAGUGUGUUGUACACCUGCCAGCUGCAGAGAAGGAUUCUAAUACUGAUGAAGAAGGAGAAAAGAAGGUUGAUCAAGAUGUUCUAAUUACUAACUCAUAUGAAACAGCAAUGAGAACAGCCCAGAAUUUCCUCUCAGUCUUCCUCAAAAAGUGUGGAAGUAAGCAAGGUGAAGAAGAUUACAGACCACUGUUUGAAAACUUUGUACAGGAUCUCCUUUCUACAGUCAACAAACCAGAGUGGCCAGCAGCAGAAUUACUGCUGAGCCUCUUGGGAAGACUACUGGUUCACCAGUUCAGUAACAAGUCAACGGAGAUGGCCUUGCGAGUAGCUUCACUUGAUUAUCUCGGAACAGUAGCAGCACGGCUAAGGAAAGAUGCUGUUUCCUGCAAGAUGGAUCGGGAGUCAAUUAACCGGAUACUGAAACAGGUUUCAGGGAUUGAGGAUGAAGUACAACAGCUACAGAAGGCAUUGCUGGAUUACCUAGACGAGAAUACCGAGACUGACCCCUCACUAAUGUUUGCUAGGAAAUUUUACAUUGCACAAUGGUUCCGUGACACUACAAUGGAGACAGAAAAAGCAAUGAAGUCACAGAAUCAGAAGGAUGACGACUCCUCAGAUGGGACACAGCAUGCCAAGGAGCUCGAAUCCACAGGAGAGAUUAUGCAAAGAGCAGAAAAACGCAAGAAGUUCCUUCGCUCUGUCAUCAAAACUGCCCCAACUCAAUUUAGCACCCUGAGAAUGAACUCUGCUAACGUGGACUAUGAAGAUGCCUGUUUGAUUGUCCGAUACUUGGCCUCUAUGAGGCCGUUUGCACAGAGCUUUGAUAUUUAUUUGACGCAGAUUCUACGUGUUCUAGGAGAAAGUGCGAUUGCUGUACGAACAAAGGCCAUGAAAUGUCUUUCUGAGGUUGUUGCUGUGGAUCCUAGCAUACUUGCAAGGUUGGACAUGCAGCGCGGUGUUCAUGGGCGCCUGAUGGACAACUCCACAAGUGUGCGUGAGGCAGCUGUGGAAUUACUGGGUCGCUUUGUGCUGAGUCGUCCUCAGCUAACAGAGCAGUAUUAUGACAUGUUGAUUGAGAGGAUACUGGACACUGGUAUCAGUGUGAGGAAGAGAGUGAUCAAGAUUCUGCGUGACAUCUGUAUUGAACAGCCAACCUUCUCCAAAGUGACUGAGAUGUGCGUGAGAAUGAUUCGCAGAGUCAAUGAUGAAGAGGGUAUUAAGAAACUGGUCAAUGAAACAUUCCAGAAACUCUGGUUCACUCCAACGCCUUCUCACGAUGCUGAAGGAAUGACUCGGAAAAUCUUAAAUGUCACAGAUGUGGUUGCUGCUUGCAGGGAUACUGGAUAUGAUUGGUUUGAGCAGCUUCUUCAGAACCUGUUGAAGACUGAGGAAGAUGCCUCAUACAAGCCUGUGAAGAAAGCCUGUAUCCAGAUAGUGGAUAAUCUAGUCGAACACAUUCUGAAAUAUGAGGAGUCAUUAGCAGAUUCAGAUAGUAAAGGCAUGAAUACCAACUGUCUGGUAGCCUGCUUAAUCACCUUAUACCUGUUCAGCAAAAUCCAGCCUCAUCUGAUGGUGAAACAUGCAAUGACACUGCAGCCAUAUCUUACCACAAAGUGCAAUACACAGAGUGACUUCCUUGUCAUCUGUAACGUGGCAAAGAUUUUGGAACUAGUUGUUCCGUUGAUGGAGCAUCCGAGUGAGACCUUCUUGGCGACUAUAGAGGAAGACCUCAUGAAACUUAUCCUCAAACAUGGAAUGACGGUCGUGCAGCAUUGUGUGAGCUGUCUGGGAGCUGUAGUGAACAGAGUAACUCACAACUACAAGUUUGUCUGGGCCUGUUUCAAUAGGUAUUAUGGUGCUCUAACUAAGUUGAAGGCACAACAUCAGGAAGAUUCCAACAGCACCACUCUGGUUGGCAAUAAACCUGCUCUCCUUCGUUCCCUUUUUACUGUUGGUGCACUGUGCCGUCAUUUUGACUUUGAUCAGGAGGAGUUUAAAGGCAACACUAAGGUGAUUAUAAAAGAGAAGGUGCUUGAACUUCUGCUCUACUUCACAAAACAUGAAGAUGAAGAAGUACAGACCAAAGCAAUCAUAGGCUUGGGUUUUGUUUUUAUUCAACAUCCGGAUCUCAUGUUUGAGCAAGAAGUGAAGAAUUUGUAUAACAAUAUUCUUCGAGACAAAGAAGCCUCAGUUGGCCUGAAAAUCCAGAUCCUGAAGAAUCUUCAGACAUACCUGCAGGAGGAAGAUUGCCGCAUGCAACAAGCAGAUAAAGAUUGGAAGAAAGUGGCCAAACAGGAAGAUCUGAAGGAAAUGGGUGAUAUUUCCUCAGGAAUGAGCAGUUCCAUCAUGCAGCUCUACCUCAAACAGGUUUUGGAAGCAUUCUUCCACACACAUUCUCCAGUUCGCCACUUUGCACUUAAUGUCAUCGCUUUGACGCUAAACCAGGGACUCGUCCAUCCUGUUCAAUGCGUGCCAUAUCUGAUUGCCAUUGGAACAGAUCCAGAAUCUACAAUGCGUAACAAAUCAGAUCAACAGCUGGUGGAAAUAGAUAAAAAGUACACUGGAUUUGUACAUAUGAAAGCAGUAGCAGGAAUGAAGAUGUCGUACCAGCUUCAACAAUCCAUCCACUCUGAAGUAAAGGAAAUAAUCCGUGGCUUCCGACAGGAGGAGAACGUGACAGCUUUGUGUUCACAUCUCUACUGCAUGAUCCGAGGAAACCGACAACAUCGACGCGCCUUCCUCAUUGCCUUACUCAACUUAUUCGAUGACAGUGCAAAAACUGAGGUGAAUCUGCUGCUGUAUAUAGCGGACAACUUGGCAUGUUUCCCUUUCCAGACGCAGGAGGAGCCUCUGUUUAUUAUGCACCAUAUUGAUAUUACCCUCUCUGUCUCUGGAAGUAAUCUGCUGCAGUCCUUCAGGGAGUCUCUGUUGAAAGAUACGUUGCCGAAGGAUAAAGCAUCUGCAAGUUCGGAAGACAGUGGGAGUGAGGAUGAGUCACCGCGGCCUCGCAGACACAGAAAACGAUACAACUCAGACUCAAGUGAUGAUGAGGAUGAUCUGGAAGAUGUGCUCUCUCGGUUACCUCCAGACUCAACCCCUCUCCUGGAGUUUGUCAAUGCUUCUCAGGGAAUUCUCUUGUUGCUGGUCCUGAAGCAACACCUGAAGAAUCUUUAUGGCUUCUCAGACAGUAAAAUCCAAAAGUAUUCUCCAUCUGAAUCUGCGAAAGUGUAUGACAAAGCAGUGAACCGGAAAUCAGGAGUGCACUUUAACCCCAGGCAGACGUUGGAUUUCCUGAAGAAUGGAGUAGGACAUGCGGAGAUCACAGAAUCAGUAAAGAGGAGUAUCGUCAAACAAUACUUAGAUUUCAAAACACUGAUGGAACACCUGGAUCCGGAUGAAGAGGAUGAGGAUGGAGAGGUGUCUGCCAGCACAGCUGCCCGAAACAAAGCCAUCAAUGCACUGUUGGGAGGCAGUAGCCCGAAAAACAAUGCAGAGACAGAUGAAGAGGAGAGUGAUGGCGAGGAGCGAGUGGGUGGAGGCGUUUCAGGGGCCACCAGAAGAUCGAAGCGACUGUCGGAAGCUGGGGACCCAGGCGCACAGAUGCACGAGGCGGUGGAGGUGAUGGAUGUGAUUGCCAUUUGCUGUCCAAAGUAUAAAGACAGGCCUCAGAUUGCCAGAGUUGUGGAAAAGACUAGUAGUGGUUUCAGUGUACAUUGGAUGGCUGGUUCAUAUAGCGGUUCUUGGACAGAGGCCAAACGGAGAGAGGGCCGCAAGCUGGUGCCUUGGGUUGAUAGUAUCAAAGAGACGGACAUCAUUUACAAGAAAAUAGCCCUGACAAGUGCAAAUAAGCUGACUAACAAAGUUGUUCAGACUCUACGAUCGCUGUAUGCAGCAAAGGAAGGUUCUUCCUGCUAACAUAACUAACACUGCAGCCAAACACAGCAGUGAGAAAGAAUGAACUUGGGGCUAAAAGACCACAUUCUGGCAACACUUACAAAUCGGAUGGUAUCACAGUUGGAGUAACUCUGUACUGAGAUCUGCACACACAGACAGAUGGAAACAGGCGAAAGGAAGGAGCGAUUGUCAGAUACCAUUUUCCUGUGGGAGCUUCCUUCGCUGUUGUACAGCCAAAUCAUCUUGAUUGAUUUUAAACUCCCACUGUAUUAUAGUUUAACAAAACAAAAAUUGUUUAUAUCUUGGAAAAAGAAUUCUGUUUAAAAAAUAAAAGUUAAGUGAAUGUUGGAAUUUAGUCUGUUAAUGUUCUUAAUAAAGUGUUCUUGGAGUUUAACCUAGCAGCGAUGGCUUUCUUUAGUGUAGAAGUUCCAGAGAGAAGUUAUUUUACAGGAUGUACAAUGCCAGACUGUGCUGGAUAUAAUUUAUUCUAAUGAAAGCAUGCAGUAUCUGUGACCUGCACAGGACGAGAUUUUAUUUGAUUUUUUUUGUUUUGUAAAUGUAGAUUUUAAAUGUAUUAGGGUCACUCGGGCAAAACAAGAAAAAGGGAUCCCCAGCAAAAACAACUGGCGGAACAAAUACUGCAAUAAAUUUUUUACCU